AACAAUAUUUAAUAUUUAUUGUUCUUUUUCAGCUCUCUGUCCAUAAUCACUUAUUUGAGGUCUCUGAUUCAAAAUCUUUCUAUUACUAUAUUUUCAUCUUUGUUCAUUCAUAGUAACAUGCUUUGUUUAAAGCUAUUUCGUGUCUGCUGUGUUCAACAACCUUAUCAUAUUUUGGGAAAUCAUAUAGCUGGCUUUAGAUCAUUACAUACAGUGAAAAUGGAUUUAAGAGGAAACCAAAUUAUGGAAAACCAACAUCCAAUUAUGCACCAGAAUGUUAUCGUGAUGAGGCACGGUGAUCGCAUCGAUAACUUUGAUCCCUUGUGGACAUCCACGGCAGCACGACCGUGGGAUCCACCCCUAGCUCAACAGGGUCAAGACCGAGCGUCCCAAAUGGGGAGGAGUAUUCAACAAAGCCUUGGGUUUCCGAUACACCGACUAUUUGUCUCUCCAUUUCUUCGUUGCAUCCAAACUGCAGCCGAAUUCGUUAUAUCUCUCUCCGCCGUUAACAAUGUUCAUGGAAGUAUCAUCAGCGACGACAUUCCCGAUGACACUUCAAAUGUCAAGGUUUCUAUUGAAUAUGGAUUGAGUGAAAUGAUAAAUAGUAUAGCUAUCCGUCUAAAUGUUGCUCCUAAAGAUGGAAAUUUGAGUUUUGACCUAUCAAAUCUUGAAGCCAUGCUCCCAAUUGGGACCGUUGAUAAUAAUGUUGAAAUGAUAUAUAAAGAGUUACCUAAGUGGGAAGAAUCGGUUUUACAAGCAAGGGCUAGAUAUCAACACACAAUUGAGAAACUUGCAGAUAAAUUUCCUACUCAGAACUUAUUAUUUAUUACACAUGGGGAAGGGAUUGAAGUGGCUCAUUCUUCAUUUAGAAAGGAUGUUGUGGUAAAUAAAGUGCAAUAUUGUGGUUAUGUACAACUUAAUCGUCCUAUUUACAAAAGAGAUCAUUCCCUUAUUGGUGGAAAGUUUAAUGUACUAACUCAUAGUGGUCAAAGUGGGGUAACCUAUAUUCCCUCACAAGGUUUAUAAG